UAUCGGCCCACACUACGCUCUACGGCAGCUGAGCUGGUGAGAAGUCGCAGUCGUAGGCAGCCCGUCCAACAGCGACGUACGAAAGGGAAAUUUCUUCAGCCGAGGUCCUGAUUCGUUGGAAAAAAGUCUGGAAUCUCUCUGGUUCCUCGUCCGCAGCUUCGUCUGACAUGGCAGGCGGAAACUCUGCCUCCGGUGGCAGGACCGGCGUUAGGGUCGUGGUCGCCGGAGACCGUUUCACCGGUAAAUCGAGCUUGAUUGCAGCGGCGGCGACGGAGUCCUACCCUGAAAACGUCACUCACGUUCUACCUCCCACGCAUCUCCCCGCCGAUUUCUUCCCUGAUCGAGUCCCCAUCACCAUCAUCGAUACUUCUGCCGCCUUGGAGAAUAGAGGGAAGCUAAUUGAUGAGCUAAAGAGAGCUGAUGUGGUGGUGUUAACUUACUCUUGUGAUCAACCGUUGACAUUGAAUCGUCUAAGUAGCUUUUGGCUCGAGGAGCUUCGUCGAUUAGAGGUGAAAGUGCCAAUUAUCGUAGUGGGUUGCAAGCUUGAUUUGCGAGAUGAGAACCAGCCAAUUAGCCUGGAACAUGUCAUGAGACCUGUCAUGCAUGAGUACAGGGAGAUUGAGACCUGCAUAGAGUGCUCUUCCGUUACCCUUAUGCAAGUUCCAGAUGUAUUCUAUUAUGCACAAAAAGCUGUACUUCACCCAACAUCUCCAUUGUUUGACCAAGAAAGUCAGUCUUUGCAACCUCGAUGUCAAAGGGCACUUAAAAGGAUAUUUCUCCUCUGUGACCGUGACAUGGAUGGCGCACUCAAUGAUUCAGAAUUAAACGAAUUUCAGGUUAAAUGUUUCAAUGCUCCACUGCAGCCUGCUGAAAUAGUGGGUGUGCGAAGAGUUGUACAAGAGAAGAAGAGGAAUGGAGUUAACGACCUUGGUCUUACACUCGAAGGCUUCUUAUUUCUACAUUUUCUUUUCAUAGAUAAAGGCCGCCAUGAAACAACCUGGGCUGUCUUGAGAAGGUUUGGCUAUGGUGAUAAUUUAGAACUCAGAGAUGAUGGUCUCCCAGUUCCGACCAAGCAUGCUGCUGAUCAGAGUAUUGAGCUAAAAACAGAAGCACUUGACUUUCUACGUGGGACCUUCCGCUUGUUUGAUAUUGACAAUCAUGGAGCCCUGAGGCGAACUGAGCUUGAAGAGCUAUUUUCAACUGCUCCUGAAAGUCCUUGGAAUGAGGCUCCUUAUAAGGGUGCAGCGGAAACAACUUCCCAAGGAAAUUUAACUCUCAAGGGAUUCUUAUCUGAGUGGGCCCUUAUGACACUGAUAGAUCCGAGGCGCAGUUUGGCCAAUUUAAUAUAUAUUGGAUACAAUGGGAAUCCUGCUUCAAUUCUCCGUGUUACUAGACGAAAAUCUAUUGACCGUAAGAAGCAACGCAGUGAAAGAAGUGUUUUCAACUGUUUGGUCUUUGGUCCAGAGAAUGCUGGAAAAUCUUCCAUGUUGAAUGCUUUGCUUGGAAGAUCAUUUUCAGCAGGUCACAACCCAGCCGGUGAGCGAUAUGCAGCAAAUGUUGUUGAUCAGCUUGGGGGUAACAAGAAGACUCUCAUCUUGCGAGAGGUACCUGAAGACGGAGUGAAAGUUUUGCUAUCAAAUAAGGAAUGCCUGGCAGCUUGUGAUGUUGCAGUGUUUGUUUAUGACAUUUCAGAUGAAUAUUCAUGGAAAAGAACAAGGGAUCUGCUAGUAGAAGUAGCUAGGCAAGGAGAAGAAACUGGUUAUGGGGUGCCUUGUCUCCUAGUCGCUGCUAAGGGCGAUUUGGUUCCAUACCCCAUGGCACUUCAGGAUUCACUGAAGGUUUGUCGCGAGUUGGGAAUAGAGGCUCCUGCUGCAGUGAGCAUGAAGACCGGAGAUCUGAAUGACUUAUUUGGGAGAAUUAUUGGUGCAGGUGAAUCUCCUCAUCUCAACAUUCCUGAAACUGAGACUGGGAGAAAACGCAAGAGCUUCCGUCGCCUCGUCAAUAACUCUCUACUCUUCGUCUCAGUUGGGGCGGCUUUUGCAGUUGUUGGCAUGACAGUGUUUCGUACUUACAAUGCGAGAAGGAAUUCUAAUUAGGGGUUCGCUCAACUGAAGUCAGUUAGCACCAAGCCACAAUUGAAGGGGAUCUGCCCAAAUUUUGCAAGCAGUUGAACUUUAAAUACCUCAAAGGAUUGAAAAUCCCCCACGCCCUAUUGUAAAUAAUGGUGCUGCACCGAUUCUUUUUUCGUUCCCGCAUCCAAUUCUUGGACUGAAAUGCCAUGUGUUCCUGACUCCAUUUUUUAUUGUAGUAUAGAACCGCUCAGGGCACAAAAUAUAUCAUAUGUGGAUUACUUUUCAGGAAUAGGAUAUCUGGUGCUAUUAUACAUUGUUUCGGAAAUCCUAUUUAGAAGUCUAUGGAUUGAGAAAAAGUGUUUAGGGGUACUGAGGAGAAAUAUCAUUUGAAGCUUGGCAUAUUCGUAGAAUGCAGCAAGGUUGAGAGUUCAUUUGCCUUGAUAAAUAAAUAGUAUUGCU